UCCCAGAACGCGCAAGGUUCAAUAAUAGGCAAAGACGCCCUGCCCCUUGGAAAGGAAAAAAAUUCUCUGUACGUUUAUUCAGGACGACGCGCGCUCCACCUUCCUGUAAAGAUCGCCUCACAACAUCCAUCCUACACGAUCAAUUCUGCGCCCAUCAACUAUUCGCCGUCGACCCGACUACGAGCCGAUAACAAAUAAAUACAGUCUGGAGAGGACCCGCAUAGCUCUGCCCACGGAACAGUGGAAUGUCCUGGAAUGAUUUCCUGCCCGAGCUGGCAGUCAAGCAUGAGGUCCUCGAGUCCCUCUAUGCUGACAUUGGAACCCCAAACGAUGAGAAAGUAAAGCAAUGUCAGUCGCUCUUCGACAAUCUCAUGACCGUCGUCAGCCAGCAUAUCGAAACCGUUGAGCGGGAAAGGACUCGUCGUGUUCAGGAGUGCGAACAAAUGAUGGACGAUAUCAGGCGCAUGACUGGACUCGUCGGACAAGGCGAAGAGGGGAUCACAAAGCUGGCCGAAACAUUGCAUGGUAUGGCUCUAUGGGAUCGACACUCACUACUUAGAGAGGAGUAUGCAUACAUAUUUGAGCAUUACAAUCAAAAGCUGGAAGAAAUUAGGGCACUCCAUCGGGAACUAUCGGGAUACGCAACUGUUCUUGGACCAACGUACGUUCAGCCUGGGCCUUAUCCAGAGGAAGGUGCGGCGGUGACCUUUGACGUUAUCCAACAGUUCUCGGACAACAUUGACGCAUGUCAAAGGGAGCAGAAGCGGCGCAUUGGGGUCGUCGAGAGUGCGAUCGUUACCAUAAAACACCUCUGGAAUGAACUUGGACUGACAGCACAGGAUGGAUUCGAGCGAGAGAUUAUCGAUUCUGAUCAAGGAGAUAUUCCUAUCUCAGACGACGCUAUGAGACGGCUGGAAAUGAAACAAGCUAUGUUGGAAGACGAACGAUCCAAACGGGAAACUCUUGUUAAGGAUCAUAUGUCAACGAUCACCUCUCUUUGGGACAAACUGAGGAUCGAAGAAGAUGAACGCGAGGAGUUUCUCACUGCUCAUGUCGGGCUGACUAUGGAUGUGAUCCGAGGCUACAAGGCGGAGAUGAGCAGGUUGGAGAAACUGAAGAGUCAAAAGUUAGAGGAUUUUAUUAUGGAGGAAAGAGAUGCUCUAGAUGAGCUAUGGGACAAAUUGUAUUACUCAUCGGAUCAACGCCAGGAUUUUUCACCGUUCUUUGACGAGGAUUUCACGGAUGAAAAUCUCGCGCUCCAUGAGGCCGAGGUUGCACGCCUAAAGCAGGAGGUCCAGGAUAAUGAGCAUAUAUUGCACGCAAUUGAGCAGUAUAGGGCAAUGCUGGACGAUAUCAGGAACUUCGAGAUCAGCUCUAUGGAUGCACAGCGACUCUUCCAUCGUGAUCCCGGUCGCCUACUCCGUGAAGAAAAGUUCCGCAAUCGGAUAGCCCGAGAAUUCCCCAAGGUCGAAUCAGAGUUAGAAAAUGCGUUAUACGAGUGGCAGCAGAACAAAGGACGACCUUUCUUAGUGUAUGGCGAGGAGUACAUCAACACCAUGAAGCAGCACGCACAAGAGGCACGAGAAGGCAAAGAGAAUGAGAGACUCUGGAGGGAACAACGGAAGCAAUUGAUGUUGCAGAGGGAUCUGCGGUAUGGCUCUAAGAACCCAAAGAAGGUCGCACCGCAAUCGCCUCACCCACGGCAUAUUUCUACAAGCCUUAUUCCUUCAAUUGAUCCACCUGCUACCAGCGUAUCGCUCCCACAGACCCCCACCUCUAAACGGAUCGGGAUACCAACAAGUCGGCCAGGAACCCCCAGUUCACAACACACUAGGACUAUAUCGUCGUUCAUCUCAGCCAUGCCAACUACACCCACGAGAGCACGCUCACAAACACACCAGACAGGUUUAACCUCGGCUAUAGGGUCGAUCCCAUUCCCCUAUUCACCUCGGAGCCAUCAGGCGCAACGACAUUAUGCACAAGAUGUCAAAUAUUAUUCUAGGAGCGAAUCCCCAGCAACAAUGUUUUCCUUGACAAAACCUCCCUCAACCCCUACCUCCAAGAACAACGGCAUGCGCAGCUCUGGGCCUGCAGCGAUGUCGACAACCAGAGAACAAGUCAGACGGAGCAAUUCUGUAAUCUCAGUUUCAUCCGCCACAACUGAAACCCAGGCAGAGCCCUCGACGCCAACGCGGCCUCGAAUCAACCACCCUAUCAGUUUCGAUCUCACUCGAUCCUCUAUUCAAGAAGAAGACGAAGUGCUGCUUUUAUCGCCACGACGACUCAAGAGGACUGCAGCUGAUCUCUCCUCACCGUCGCAUACACCAUCUGGAUCGACAAGAAUUCGCCGUCAGGAUCACAGGAGGAAGUCAAGAAGCCUCUCGCCUCAGGCAGAGAUUUCCUCCGCAAAGAGUCGACUUCAAACAAUGGAGUCUCCAUUUGUGUUGAAGACUGCAGACAGACUGGGCCCCGCACAGCUAGCCGCAAAGGGGGCAGAGCAAGGAAAUCGGUUCCUGAAACAGCUUCUAAGAGCAGCAGAUGAGCAAGACGAUGAUAUUGAUGACGAAAUGAUGGGCAUCGAGGACGAUAGCAUAGAAGAGGAGGACAGCGUUAUUGAACUCGAUCGAUCUGAGGCUGAAAAGAUCUUUUCGACUCCACGGAGGGCCGUGGAGGUCGUGGAGGUUCAGGAUGGCCAGGAUUAUGAAAGUGAUGGCUGGGAGACUGACAACGACGAAUCGCCACGGUCAAGGAAACAAUCAAAGGUCAAUGCUCCAGAAGCAUCAUCGAGCGCCCUACAAACGCAGCAUGAAGCGAGUAGAGAUUCGUGGAACAGUGAUGGCGAGGCUUGUCGAAUCGAAAGGAUGCCAUCGUCUUCUACACCAUCCUCCAAGCAGGCGCCGGGAUUUGAGAUCAAGUCUGGAGGUUGUUGACGUGGCUGUCCAGGCCAUUCCUAUUUGUGAUAUCCUACUCUAUACUUAAUGUUACCAAUCUUUUUUCUUUGUGUUUUUUGUCUGCUUCAAUCCUGUACAUUACGCUU